AUGAAUUAUAGCGAAGCCCUCCCAAACUUCUCAGGUCAGAUCGUCGGCAACGGUCGCUUCGAGCUCGUCGACAUGAUUGGUUCCGGUUCCUAUGGAAACGUCUAUCGCGCUCUCGAUGCUCAAUCAGACCCAUGCGAACCUGUCUACUAUGCAAUCAAGUGCUUGCCAAAAACGGAACUCUCCCCUGAGCGCCUCGUAUGCCAGAGACGUGAGAUCUUAUUGCACUCCUUAGUAUCCAGCUCGUCGCCACAUAUCUGUACCCUUCACGAGAUCAUCGAGGAAGAACUUUACAUCUACUUCGUGCUCGACUACUGCCCAGGUGGGGACCUCUACACCGCCAUCAUCGAGAACCGUAUCUACCAGAACAAUGUCCCGCUCAUCAAGAGGGCAUUCAUCGAGCUUCUCGAUGGCGUACAUGCCUGUCAUCAGUUGGGUGUGUACCACCGUGACCUGAAACCAGAGAACAUUCUCUGUCGCCAGAGCGGGUUGGAUAUUCGUGUCGCAGAUUUCGGGCUAGCGACCAAAAGUCGUAUUAGUCAGGAGUUUGGCGUAGGCAGUUCAUAUUAUAUGAGUCCUGAAUGUAUUAGUCGUGAGAUGAAGUACCCUCAUUACUCACCGCUUCACACGGAUAUCUGGUCAUUGGGAGUUAUUCUUGUGAACAUGGUCUCAGGUCGCAAUCCUUGGCGAUUUGCGACACCCUCGGACAAGGGCUUCCUCGGAUAUCUCUACAACGUGGACUUCCUUCGCGAGAUCCUUCCCAUCUCGAAAUCUUUCAACGACAUACUCAAACGCAUCUUUCGCCUACAACCAUUCUCGCGAAUCAGCCUUCCAGAACUCAGAGAAGAGAUCCUCAACCUUGAUACCUUCUACAUGAGCGACGCCGAGCUCCGCGACGCGUCGGACAACGCGCAAGAAGCUGCUCGCGACGACUACCACAGGCGCGCCACACCGUUGACUGAUUUGGUGUUCAAUCAAGUCGUAGCCGACACAACCCUCGUCAACUGCUCAUCGACGAAAUCCAACUUCCACUCCGACGGCGGUCCUCCUUAUCCCAAGUGGGCUUAUCGCGGAUCCGCGCCUGCAUCUCGGCGACCUAGCGACCUACCGCCCGCGAGCGUCAACAGGACGCCCUCACAACUCCAUAUUCGAACCUUUGAGCCACAAGACUAUCGACUUUACGAGUCACGGGAUAGCCUAUCGAGCUGUUCUACGCGUUCUGUUUCUUCAGGGGUAGAGAGUGAGGGACCCAUUACUCCGGAAACGCAUGCCCAUGAGCCUGCCAUUGACGUGGCAGACUUAUCUGAGGGGCAGACACUUGAUGAACCGAUACUUGCUCGCAUGCCUGUCAAGAUGGGGCCAGAGCGACCCCGUCGGUUCUCGUUUCGCAAUGUAGUUUCACGGUUUAAGAUCUUCUGAUUGCGUAGAUACUACAGUAGUCAUACCCCUAGCGUAAGUUAGUCUAGUG